CCUCCACUCGCCCAGCGCACCCUCACCUCCAUACACACUCCUCACACACACACACCCUCAUACACACACACGCUGAGAGAGAGUGGAGGGGUGAGAACUGCUGAAGGUGAAGGACGGGAGAAACAGGUGGAGAGAUGUCGGAUCAGCAGGGAGUCCCAGAUCAGCAGGUUGCUGGGAAGAGUCAAGGAGGAGCAGGAGCGGUUUACAAGGUCUCACUGUUUGAAUUCGAGAACUUCGGUGGAAAAAAGGUCGAGCUGUCAGCAGAAUGCAAGGACUUAAUUGAGAAGAACUUGGAAAAAGUUGGAUCAAUCAUAGUUGAGUCUUGCCCAUGGGUCGCCUUUGAGCAGAAGGGCUUUCUGGGAGAGCAGUUUGUUUUGGAGAAGGGAGAAUAUCCUCGCUGGUCCUCCUGGACCAACAGCCAGAGGAGCUACUGCCUCCUGUCCAUGAGACCUCUGAGAGUGGACAGCGCAGACCACAAACUACAUCUGUUUGAGAACUGCAGCUUUGCCGGGAGAAAGAUGGAAAUCGUGGAUGAUGACAUUCCCAGCUUGUGGGUUCACGGCUUCCAGGACCGUGUGGCCAGUGCCAAAGCUGUCAACGGAACGUGGGUGGGCUACAUGUACCCUGGCUACCGCGGGCGUCAGUUCGUGUUUGAACAUGGCGAAUACAAACACUGGAACGACUGGGGAGCCACAGAACCACAGCUGCAGUCCGUCCGGCGUGUGCGUGACAUGCAGUGGCACAAACGGGGCUGCUUCACCGUCCCCGACCCGGCUCCCAAACCCAAACCCAAUCCCAACCCUAAUCCAAACCCAAACCCAAACCCCAGUCCCGCUCCCGCCCCCGCUCCCGCUGCCCCAUCCGCCAUGGCUGCCAGCAGCUGAAGGAGAACGGCCAGCCCUGCCGAUGACCUCUGCCCUGCACCUGCUCAGAGGACCACGAAGAAAGCUCGAAAGCAAAAGUGACUGCCUUGCCUCUUGUGUGUCUAUCAUUGGAAAUAAAGGCCUCGGCCCCAUGCUUUGAUCUCUGA